GCAUUGAUCCUUGUUAAUAACAAAAUCAGCAAAAUAAGCCCAUUAGCUUUUGCUCCUCUGAAGAAACUGGAAAGACUUUACCUGUCCAAGAACAACCUGAAGGAGCUCCCAGAAAACAUGCCGAAGUCUCUUCAGGAGAUACGGGCUCAUGAGAAUGAGAUCUCCAAGUUGAGGAAAGCUGUCUUUAACGGACUGAAUCAAGUGAUUGUCUUAGAACUAGGCACCAAUCCAAUCAAGAGUUCAGGCAUUGAAAACGGAGCUUUUCAGGGGAUGAAGAGGCUCUCCUACAUCCGUAUCGCGGACACCAACAUUACUAGCAUCCCAAAAGGCCUUCCCCCAUCCCUUACUGAACUUCACCUUGAUGGUAACAAAAUCAGCAAAAUUGAUGCUGAAGGUCUGUCUGGACUCACCAACUUGGCGAAAUUGGGUCUCAGCUUCAACAGUAUUUCUUCAGUUGAAAAUGGCUCUCUUAACAAUGUACCUCAUCUGAGAGAGCUCCAUUUGAACAACAAUGAACUUGUCAGAGUACCUACUGGGCUGGGUGAACACAAAUAUAUCCAGGUGGUCUAUCUUCAUAACAACAAAAUUGCUUCAGUUGGUAUCAACGACUUUUGCCCUCUUGGCUACAACACCAAAAAGGCUAGCUAUUCCGGUGUGAGUCUCUUCAGCAACCCCGUGCAGUACUGGGAGAUCCAGCCCUCUGCUUUCCGAUGUAUCCAUGAACGCUCUGCAGUACAGAUUGGAAAUUACAAAUAGAUGUCUAAAGAUGGGGUUCGGUUUUGUUUCAGCUAAAGUACCUGUUGUAAUAGGCCUGUUCAAAAAAAAUUGUUGCUAACAAUUAAUGCCAAAUACCAGAAACUUCACUUUACAGUGGAGAUGAUCCAUUGAUGUAGAAUAAAUGAAUCAUUACAGAUGUACAAGAUCAAGCAUACCAUCAAAAAGAAUUGCCAACUGUGCUUUAAACUGACUUAUUUCAGCCUUCUUUUCCAGCAUGCUUUCUGUGGUAUUUUUCAGUUUGCUGAAUGCUACAGUUUUUCAGAUUCCACUGUAUAUGAGAUUCGGAGUAAAUAUUUGUCAAGCUAUGAUAUAAAACAAAAAAAAAACAUAGUAAUUGAGGUUAUUUUUAUAGCCACAAAAAAAAAAAAAAAAUAGAGGGAAAAAAGACUCUCAAAUCAUCUUGAGACUUGAGAAAGUGAGAGUUACCUCCUUUAAAUUUAUUUAAAGCCCUGGAGGUUUAAAAAUAUCCACUAUAACACUAAGCUAAAUCUGAAUGUAUCUAUUUAGCAGAGGCAAAUAAAGUUGUUGCUAAUGUCAUUAUUUUGGAAAAAAUAGAAUAAAUUCAUAUCGUACACAUAGUUCUUUAAAGUUUGCCAUUCUUCUAGAGCAAUGCUAUUCAGGAUUAGCCUAACAUAAUCCGAUUGAACAAAAUAAUGUGUAGUCUGCAGUACAAAACCUAUAUCUGGAGCUCAAUGACUAAAUUUCUUUAGGGCAAAUCCCUCUCAUCUUAGCCACAAGAGCAGUUUAAAUGACUUCAGUGAGACUGGCUUGCAGAGUACGGUGUUAGGGUUUAGUCAUUGGUAUCAAUCCAUGUAUAUAUCUAAACCAAAAAUAAUAGCAGUUCACUGUUCACUUGUUCUGCAUUGUACAUUUGUCAGCAUCCUUUACUGGUUUGUUUUUUUUUAAAACAAUAUUUUUAAUUGUCAAGUAGAGAUAUGCAGGCUCCCCAUCUGAUGAAUUUGUGGAAUUGAGAUUAUAAGCAAAAUCAUAAGUGUAGUAAAAUAUGAAGUGAAAUAACUGCAAGGCCUAGCUGGACAUUGCUGGGACAUCAUUUGUAGAAGUAUCUUCUUAGAGUGAUUUGAAGCGCUCUGCAAACUGGGAUUCUUCAACCCAUACCAGUGGGUAGCAAGCACGUCAAAGGUAGGCUGCACAUUUCUACUGUCAAUCUACAAAGCUAAACGUAUACUCAAUAAAAAUGUCACCGUAAAAGAAUCUUCUGCAGCCUCUUAAUAAUCCAAGGUCAAUCUCUUUAAUUUGUAAAACUUAUAUGUCAUUUAUAUUAAAGAAUAAUGUAAUACAGGCAAAC